CUGAGCGCUCGGCACCGUCGGGUUUGGACCAGAACCCUGCUGCAGGGCCGGGGUUCUGACCCAGCGGGAGCCCGGCUGUGGAACCGGCUGUGGAACCGGCUGUAGAACCGGCUGUGGAACCGGCUGUAGAACCGGCUGUAGAACCGGGCCCAGGCGCUGCUUUCUGAACCCAGCCGUGCGUUCUGGACCAUGAGUGGAAGUGGAAGUCCCCCCGCGGGCCCCGAGGCCCCGGCGCCGCCCGCCGCGACCCGCUGGCACCAUUACAGAAGAGCCCGGAAGGCGCUGGAGGUCCAGCCCGGUCCGGAUCAGCCGCUGGACAGGUACCAGUGGAGAACAUCACAGGACCAGAACCCGGAGAGGCCUCACCUGUUGGGCCUGCUGAAAACCAGCACCCUGCCUCGGCCCCGCAGGCAGAACCGGAACCAGGACCCCAACAAGCAGGGCUCCCUGCGCAGGAUCGUUCCCUUCUUCCGCUCCGUGUCAGAACCGGGAGCCGGCGGCGCCGAGAGAGCCGGGUCGGACGCGGAGCGGCGGGCGCCGUCGGUCAGCAGCUUCAUCAGCAGCCUGACACGCAGGAUCAGCCGGGUUCUGAGAGAAGAACCCCAACCAGAGUCCGACGUGAAGGGGCCCCCGGCUCACCGCUUCUCCUGCGGUCAGAGUCCCUACACGGACGGCGCCGCCUGGGACAGGAAGUUCUGCAUCCUGACGGACAGCCAGCUCAUCCUGCUCAACAAGGACGAGGAGGUCACAGGAGAACCCCAGGAGGCCCCGGCGGACUCCUCCAGGGCCCGGAGCCUCCGCAGGACCGUCAGCGUCCCCUCAGAGGGACAGUUCCCGGAGUUGCAGCCAGAGGGCGCCGCCGUGCUGGAAGCGUCUUCGGAGCGGUCUCCGAGGAGGAGGAGCAUUUCUGGUCUUGGCGGCUCGGAGAAGAACAUCGCGGUCGACAAUCCCAACUCUUCUCCUUUCAGAGUGCCGGGCUUCUUCAGCAAGCGUCUCAAAGGUUCCAUCAAGAGGACGAAGAGCCAGACCAAACUGGACCGGAACACCAGCUUCCGGCUGCCGUCGCUCCGGCCCGCUGAUGCAGACAGGCCGCGCGGCCUCCCCAGGCUGAAGGAGUCCAGCUCCCAGGAGUCUCUGCUGAGUCCAGGCAGCGCGGUGGAGGCUCUGGACCUGAGCAUGGAGGAGGACGUCUUCAUCAAGCCGCUGCACAGCAGCAUCCUGGGCCAGGAGUUCUGCUUCGAGGUGACCUACUCCGGAGGCAGCAAGUGCUUCAGCUGCACCUCAGCGGCAGAGCGAGACAAGUGGAUGGAGAACCUGAGGAGAACCGUUCAGCCCAACAAGGAUAACUGCCGGCGGGCGGAGAACCUGCUGCGGCUGUGGAUCAUCGAGGCCAAGGACCUGCCGGCCAAGAAGCGCUACUUCUGCGAGCUGUGCCUGGACGACGUGCUGUUCGCCCGCACCACCAGCAAGACGCGCCACGACAGCCUCUUCUGGGGCGAGUGCUUCGACCUGGCCGGCCUGCCCGCCACCCGCAGCCUCACCGUCCACAUCUACCGCGACGCCGCCGCCGCCGCCGCCGACAAGAAGAAGAAGAAGGACAAGAACAACUACGUGGGCCUGGUCAACAUCCCGGUGGCCGGCGUGACGGGCCGCCAGUUCGUGGAGAAGUGGUACCCGGUCAGCACGCCCACCGCCGCCAAGGCCAAGGGCGGCGGGCCCUCCAUCCGCAUCAAGUCCCGCUUCCAGACCAUCUCCAUCCUGCCCAUGGAGCAGUACAAGGAGUUCGCCGAGUUCGUCACCAACAACUACGGCAUGCUGUGCUCCGUGCUGGAGCCCGUCAUCAGCGUCAGGAACAAGGAGGAGAUGGCCUGCGCCCUGGUGCACAUCCUGCAGAGCACCGGCCGCGCCAAGGACUUCCUGACGGACCUGGUGAUGUCAGAGGUGGACCGCUGCGCCGACCACGAUGUUCUGAUCUUCAGGGAGAACACGCUGGCCACCAAGGCCAUCGAGGAGUACCUGAAGCUGGUGGGGCAGAAGUACCUGCACGACGCCCUGGGUGAGUUCAUCAAGGCUCUGUACGAGUCGGACGAGAACUGUGAGGUGGAUCCGAGCCGCUGCUCCGGCAGCGAUCUGUCCGAGCAUCAGAGCAACCUGAAGAUGUGCUGCGAGCUGGCGUUCUGCAAGAUCAUCAACUCCUACUGCGUCUUCCCUCGGGAGCUGAAGGAGGUGUUUGCGUCCUGGAAGCAGCAGUGCGUGGCCCGCGGCCACCAGCAGGACAUCAGCAAGCGUCUGAUCAGCGCCUCGCUCUUCCUGCGCUUCCUGUGCCCGGCCAUCAUGUCUCCGUCGCUCUUCAGCCUCAUGCAGGAGUAUCCUGACGACCGCACGUCCCGCACGCUCACGCUCAUCGCCAAGGUCAUCCAGAACCUCGCCAACUUCUCCAAGUUCGGCCACAAGGAGGAGUACAUGGCCUUCAUGAACGACUUCCUGGAGCACGAGUGGGCCGGCAUGAUGCGCUUCCUGUCCGAGAUCUCCAACCCGGAGACGCUGUCCAGCACGCCGGGCUUCGAGGGCUACAUCGACCUGGGCCGCGAGCUGUCGGUGCUGCACGCCCAGCUGUGGGAGGUGGUGUCCCAGCUCGACAAGGGUGAAAAUUCCUUCCUGCAGGCCACCGUAGCCAAGCUGGGCCCGCUGCCGAGGAUUCUGGGAGACAUCUCCCGCUGCCUGGCGGCGCCCACGCCGGUCCAGCAGCAGCUGCGGCGCUUCCAGGACCUUAGCCCCGCCCACAUGGGCGGCAGCGUGUCGUCAGGACUGCAGCGGAUCUUUGAGGACCCCGUGGACAGCCGCAGCGAGGUGCGCAGCCUCCCGUCUCCAGCCGUCGAGCUGAUGGAGGGUUACGGCCGGAGCCAGCGCCCCCUGCUGGCUCCGCAGCGCCCUGGUUUCUCUGAUCAGGCGGACCGGGACGUCCCGCUGCCAAACGGCCGCAGCGUCUCUCUGGUGGACCUCCAGGACUCUCAGAGCCUUCAGGGCCCCGCGGGGCCCCCGCCACACCACGAGGCCCCGCCCCGCCUCAGCAGGGUGGGCUCUCAAACCUCCGUCGGCCACGGCCCGCCUACGCCCGCUUACCCCCACUCCAACCCGGUGACGCCCCAGCCGGCGGCGCACCAGUCCAGAGCGCCGCCCAGAGACGGGCAGCCGCAGAGCGCCCCCCAGGCGAGGCGGCCCCUGCACGCCUCGGUCAGCCAGCAGCGCCGCCUGGAGCCGCUCUCCUUCCAGAACCCCGUCUACCACCUGAGCAACGCCGCCCGCAGCCUCUCCAGCCGCUCCUCCCUGCGGCAGGACUCCAGCUCCGAGAACCUGAGCACCGACAGCUCGCACCACAGCCACUCCGACGACUGCGGCAGCCAGGCGGGGGCCAAAGGCGGCGUGGCGUCCAACAGCAGCCUGGACGAGGCGGCCAGCCGGCGGAGCACGCAGAGCGAGGACUGCCCCGCGCCGCGCCGGCCCCCGCUACCCGACCUGCCCCCGGGGGCCGCCACAGCGGUCGCCGUCCCCCGUCAGAGCACCACCGCCGGCACCGCCCACAUCGUCAGGGUGGAGCAGAGCAGAGGGGGCGGGGCCAGGACGCCGCGCUCCCAGCCUCACAGCGCCUCGCUACGGAGCAGCAGCAGCGCCAACACCGAGCCGACGCCCUCCAGCCGCCAGGCGUCCGCCGCCGCGGUGGAGAGCGCCGCUCCGUCCUCCAGGAGCGCCGCUAAGCCGUCUGCGCAGGUGGAAACGCCGGUGGAGGCGGCAGUGAUGUCUCCGGUGGAGAGGACGGCGGCGUGGGUCCUCAACAACGGGCAGUACGAGGAGGAGGAGGAGGAGGAAGAUGGAGGGCGGGGCAGAGAGAAGGGCCGCAACACGGAGAAGUACGAGCUGGAGAUCUCGCGGCUGAAGGAGCGUCUGCGGGCGUCCGGCCGGCGGCUGGAGGAGUACGAGCGGCGGCUGGAGGCCCAGGAGCAGCAGAUGCAGAAGCUCCUGCUGGAGUACAAGAGCCGGCUGGAGGACAGCGAGGAGCGCCUGAGGCGGCAGCAGGAGGAGAAGGACGGCCAGAUGAAGAGCAUCAUCUGCAGGCUGAUGGCGGUGGAGGAGGAGCUGAAGCGCGACCACGCCGAGAUGCAGGCGGUGAUCGAAGCCAAGCAGAAGAUCAUCGACGCUCAGGAGAAGCGGAUCGGCUCGCUGGACGCGGCGAACGCGCGGCUGAUGGCGGCGCUGACGCAGGUGAAGGAGCGGUACAGCGCGCCCAGCAUCCAUAACGGCCUGUCGCCUGGCAACCCCACCAAGCUGUCCAUCACUGAGAACGGAGAGUUUAAGAACAGCAGCUGCUGAUUGGCUCACAUGGCCCCGGAGGCGGGGCUUAGGAGGGGUCUCCGCCCACAGGGCUGCGGACUUUUACCGAUUUGUGGAUGUAGCGUGUAAAUAGUGAAGUUUGAGCUGUUUGUUGUACAGAGAGUAAAGGUGUGGAGGCUCGUUUGCAGCGUCACAGAAGCACAGAAAGAACCAAACGAACCAAAAACACAAUCUGAACGUUUUCUAACAACUUUUUUAAGCUUUUUAUUUCAAGCUUCUAGUUUUGGUUUUGCAGUUUGAAGCUUUUGAUUUUGUUUUAUUUUCCUUCUUGGAUGUUUCUGACAGAAGUUUGUUUUUUACCCGACAAGUUGUUGUGGAUUUUAAUUUAUUCCUCCCUGUUCUGGUCCCGUUGCUGAUCUACUGAGCAGACCUCUGAUCGGGGUCAAAGGUCACACCUGUCUGCUGUCCUUUGUUGAGAAUAAAACCGUCUGAAAGUA